AAAGGCGAAAGGGUGUCGCUGUUGAUUGCUGAUGGUUAAGGCCAGAGAGAGAGAUGUCCCAAAUUCAGGAAAGCAGUAUAUAGGAGCAGUCUGUGUGGAGACAGAAUUUAAAAAAAACAAGAAGUAAUUUAACGGAGAGGUGUACCAGAGUGCUAACAGCAAUCAUAAGGUACAUUACUGCCCCCACCCGCUUCUGUGGGGCUGGGUUCAGUGCAAUGAUGACGCAAUGAGUAACAGGGCGACAUUUUGUAAACAUUGUGAACAGAUGCGAUGGUGCUCGGUGCAGCGAAUGGCGACUUUGCAAUGUUCUGCAUUGUGGAACUGUGUAUAUAACGAAAAGUGCGUAUUUUGAAAGCAGUCUAAACCGUUCUCCCUCGCUGUUAACUCCGUGUGCACCGAGCAAGGGGGAGUUCCGCGGUUCGGACUGCGGAGAGGAUCCGACCUGCGGCUCCCGCUGGGCUGCUGGAUGUUGUUGCCGCUUUGUGUGCUUGGUGCGGAAGGCAGAAGAGAAUUGGUUGGUGCCCUUGGUUCUUCAGUUUUACUGGAUCCUGAAGUCAAAGUUGAUCCUGACAAGAAUGAAAUUAUUUGGACGUUUGUCACCAGCCACAAAAGCCCUGUCACCAUUCUACAUCACAUCCCAGAUUACAUGAAGUGGGCAGAACCCAGUGAACAGUUCAAGUCCCGUUUGCAGUUUAUUCCAUCUAAUGGUUCUCUAAUAGUAAACAGAUUAGAAGCCGGUGACCAAGGAGCUUACAGCUUCACUGUAGAUCAACGAGAACUGGAAAUAAUACAAUUGCUCCUCUUUGAUACGCUGAUGAAAGCUUUGAUAUUGACCAACUCCAGUUCCAUUGAUUCCACCAUCAGGCUCACCUGUAACGUCAGUGGAGAUCCUCAUGAGUAUCAGUGGUGGAAAGAUGGAGGGGAAGUCUCCCGGCUUCACCAGCUGAUAGACGGCAAUAGGACUCUUGUUAUCCUGAAGGCUUCAAGAUAUGACUGUGGAAUUUACACGUGUGUGGCAACUAAUCCCGUCAGCUCCAUCCAGGCAGAUUACACCCUAAUUAUUGCUGGCUUUCCCCCUGAGGACGUUGCAGUUAUUACUCUGUCAAUCAUAGAACUGGUGAUUUCUUCAGCGUUUCUUAUUGCGUUUGUGUUUCUGCAUUGCUUGAAGUUGGAAGGUUGGAAAGCUGUGAAGAACCACAACUAUUGGUUGUUGGGCCUGCUUCUCUGUAACAUGGUGUCUCUUGCUGCAAUCUUCAUUGCCCUCAUUUUCCGAAUUGGCAUUGAAGGUUCUGACCGUUCCGCAGUGGCGGCUUCAUGCACUGUGCCUGUCCUGCUUCUGACUUUGAUUCCACCAUUCGCUGUUCAGAAGUUAGGCUUCUUGUUUUCUGACUGUUUCCAAAAAGAGAUGGAUAUUUGGAAAUGGACUGUAUUUGGACUGCAUGUCAUUGUGAUCAUCAUCUCAAUCACUUUCUUAAUGUUAAUGAGUGAUCCAAACUAUCGAGGUUGUGACAGCAGCUUUAUAACCUGGAGAGUAUUCUUCGUAACAAUGAUCUGGUGUGCAGUGACCUUGCUGUUGUACUUUGUGGUCCAUUGGGGGAGGAAGAAAGAAACAAGCCAAGCCACACCUUGUGAAGUAGAACAGAAUAUAGAAGAGUCGCAGCCUUUGUGAACUAUCAGACCAGGUCACAAAGAUGAACCCAAAUCUCUUCAGAUCAAUUAGAACAGGCACAGCAACAACCAUCUUCUGAUGUCAUUUAGAGUACAAAUUCUUGCAUCCCAAUGACCCUGUUGUAGACUGGAGACUGAGAAAUCUUUCUUGCCAAAUCUUUCUACUGCGGUGCUGUAAAUAGGCUUACCCUGGGCAAGAACAAUAAAGUACGCAAUUCUCCUUCUCUCAGCUCUCAGCAGGAAAUUCAAUCCUCGGCAAUCUGGCAGAAUUUUCAUUAGCACCAGAAUCAUCGCUCCAGGUGCUGAGAGAAUAGGUGGAGAGAGACUUUCUCCCCAGGAACAUGUACACCCAACAUUUACAGGGACUUGUGGUCAUACAACUCACUGGCACGCAAUGUCUACAUCGUGUGUGUUUCACCAAGAUGGUCCUGACUGAAAUUCGUGACCUCAGAUUUUAGCUCCCACAAAUGCUUGGAUUGUUGUGUCUGAGAUUCUGAGCUUCAUGAUCAUUCCAGUAUGCGCGGCGGCUGAUGCCUGCUAGAACUCACAAGUGGCUGCCUGCUGCUGUCUGAGGCCAGAGACAUUCACCAAGGUUCCCUUAGACAAGAAGAACCUCUCCUGCAGGUAAACAGACAAACAAGAGAUUCUGCUUUUUCAAGUACGUGAAGGGUAGGAGGAUGGUUAGGGUGAAGGUAGGUCCGAUUAAGGACAAAGGUGGGAGAAUUUGCCUGGAGGCGGCGGAAGUGGGAGAAGUUCUGAAUGAGUACUUCUCUUCGGUAUUCACCAGGGAGAGGGGUCUUGAUGAUGCGGAAGGGAGUGCUGGUAGGGGUAAUGUUCUCGAGGUUGUUGAUAUCAAGAGAGAGGAUGUGUUGAAGUUGUUAAAUAAUAUUCAGACAGAUAAAUCUCUGGGGCCUGACGGGAUUUUCCCCAGGCUGCUUUGAGAGGCUAGGGAGGAGAUUGCUGAACCGCUGGUAAGGAUCUUUGAGUCCUCGUUGUCUACGAGGGUGCUGCCGGAGGAUUGGAGGGUUGCGAAUGUGGUCGUUCAAAAAAGGUAAUAGGGAUAGGCCAGGGAAUUAUAGACCGGUGAGUCUCACGUCUGUGGUGGGUAAGCUGUUAGAAAGGAUUCUAAGGGAUAGGAUUUAUGAACACCUUGAGGAUCAUGGACUGAUUAGGGACAGCCAGCAUGGCUUUGUGAAAGGAAGAUCUUGCCUCACAAGUCUGAUAGAGUUCUUUGAGGAGGUGACCAGGAAGAUUGAUGAGGGAAGUUCGGUGGAUGUGGUUUACAUGGAUUUUAGUAAGGCAUUUGAUAAGGUUCCUCAUGGUAGGCUUCCUUGGAUCCCUUGGUCAGAGGCCAAGGGAUCCAAGGAAGCUUGGCUGUGUGGAUUAGGAAUUGGCUUGCAUGUAGAAAGCAGAGGGUUGUGGUGGAAGGAGUGCCCUCGGAUUGGAAGGCAGUGACUAGUGGUGUCCCGCAGGGAUCAGUUCUGGGACCUCUACUUUUUGUGAUAUUUAUAGAUGACUUAGAUGAGGGGGUGGAGGGCUGGGUUAUUAAGUUUGCAGACGAUACUAAGAUAGGCAGUGUUGUGGAUAGUGUGGAGGGCUGUUGGAGCUUACAGAGGGAUAUUGAUAGGAUGCAGAGCUGGGCUGACAAGUGGCAGAUGGAGUUCAAUCCGGAGAAGUGUGAGGUGGUACACUUUGGAAGGACAAACUCCAGGGCAGAGUACUGGGUAAAUGGCAAGGUACUUGGCAGUGUGGAGGAGCAGAGGGAUCAGGGGGUUCAUAUUCACAGUUCAUUGAAAGUUGCCUCACAGGUGGAAAGAGCAGUUAAGAAGGCCAAUGGGAUGUUGGCUUUCAUAAAUCGCGGGAUUGAGCUUAAGAGCCGCGAGGUGAUGAUGCAGCUUUACAAAACUCUAGUUAGGCCACACUUAGAGUACUGUGUUCAGUUCUGGUCGCCUCAUUAUAGGAAGGAUGUGGAGGCAUUGGAGAGGGUGCAGAGGAGAUUUACCAGGAUGCUGCCUGGAUUGGAGAGUAUUGAAUAUGAGGAGAGGCUUAAGGUGCUAGGGCUUUAUUCACUGGAAAGGAGGAGGAUGAGAGGAGACAUGAUAGAGGUAUAUAAAAUAUUGAGAGGAAUAGAUAGAGUAGACAGUCAGCGCCUCCUUCCCAGGGCACCAAUGCUCAAGACGAGAGGUCAUGGCUUUAAGGUUAUGGGUGGGAGGUUCAGGGGAGAUGUCAGAGGGAGGUUUUUCACCCAGAGAGUGGUUGGUGCAUGGAAUGCACUGCCUGGGGUGGUGGUGGAGGCAGAUACAUUGAACAGGUUCAAGAGCUUGUUGGAUAGGCAUAUGGAGGAACGUGAGAUAGAGGGAUAUGCGGGAGGAAGGGGUUAGGUAGUGUGAGGGUGGUCUGAUGGACGGCACAACAUGGUGGGCCGAAGGGCCUGUUUUGUGCUGUAUGGUUCUAUGGUUCUAUGGAAUCUGGAGCAAUGUACACAAAAUGCUGGAGGAACUCAGCAGGUCAAGCAGCAUCAAUGGAGGGAAAUAGUUGACAUUUUGGGUCAAGACCCUUCAGCAGGACAUUUUUCUGAUAAAGAUUCCCUGCAGGUCAUGUUUUCCCCCAACCUGUGCAAGUCCCUCUGGGCCCCUGCCAGCUCUCUCCCUAUUCAUAUGUUGCAGCCUGUGUACAUGUCAUUCCAUUUACAUUAAUGCAGCAUGACAUCAGUUUCCAUUUUCUUACACUCCCUGUGUAAGAACAAUGUAGCAGCAGGGAAUUUCAACUUCCCCAAUAAUAACUAAGAUCACAAAAACAAAAGAAAAUAGGAGCAGGAGUAGACCACCUCAAGCAAAGUGACCCUUCAUGCCUGCCCAGCCAUUCAGUAUGAUCAUGGCUGAUCUGCCCCAGGCCUGGGCUCCUUCUUUGCAGCAGCUUCUGUAGCUGUCAAUUCCCCAAUCUUUGAAAAAAUUAUCUACCUCCACUUUAAAUACUUCAAAUGCGUUAGUCUGCACAACUCUGUGGAGCAGAGAAUUCCUGAGAUUCACUGUCUUCUGCAAGAAGAAGUCUCUGCUUACCUUGGUUUUGAAUGACCGCUCCUUAUCUCGAAACUAUCUCCCAUUGAGAUUCUCCCAUGAGUGAAAACAUCUGGACAUUUACCCUGUCAUGGCCACUUAGCAUAUUGUGUAUCACCCUUCAUUCUUCUGAACUCCAAAGAAUACAGACCCAACCCAUUUAGCCCCUCUUGAUAGGAUAGCCCUCCUAUUCCAGUAACUAGCCCAGUGAAUCGCUUUUGGACGGCCUCCAAAGGUACUCCAUCCUUUAGGUAAGGAGACCAAAUCUGUGCACAGUGCUCCAGGUGAGACCUCACCGAUACCCUGUACACCUUAGUGUGAAAGGCUUAGAGGAAAGGGAAUUUUUAAAGUGCAUCCAGGGAAGUUUUUUUGAGCCAGUAUGUAGAUAGUCCUACUAGAGAAGGGAUAGUACUGGACCUAAUCUUAGGGAAUGAAGCUGGGCAAGUGGCUGCAGUGUAGAUGGGUGAGAAUUUUGGACAAAGUGACCAUAGGUUCCAUGGUAGUGGAGGAAAGGGAUAAAGGUGGUCCUGAAAUUAAGGAUCUACAGUGGGGGAAGGCCAACUUCAAUCUGAUAAAUUGGGAUCCCUCAAAAGUAGACAGGGAGCAGCUACUUGUGGGUAAACCCUGUAUCCAACAUGUGGGAGUCUUUAAAAAGUGAAAUAAUGAGAGUGUAGGGGCCAACGUGAAAGGUAAGGAAGGCAAGUCCAGAAAACACUGGAUGUCAAGGGUUAAUGAGGGUUCAAUUUUUAAAAAAUGAAGGAAGCAUUUAGCAGGUAAAGAACACGGAAAAUGGUGAAGGUCCUUCAGGAGUACAGAAUGUGUGUGGAGGGGGGUUAUUUAAAAGAAGUGGAGGGACAAAGAGACAUCAUGAAGUAUCACCAGUGGGAAAGAUUAAAGAAAACCUCAAGUCAUUUUAAAAGCAAGUGGGCAAUCAGGCAAAGAGUAGGGCCUGUCAGGGACCAAAGGGGCAAUCUGUGUGAAAGCAAGAGGAUAUGGGCGAGGUCUUAAAUGAAUACUUCACAUUUGUAUUCAUGAAGGAGAUACUUUAAUUGCAGAUUUCAAAGACGGAGAUGGAAAUUCUAGAUUCGUCAACAUUAAAAAAGCAGAUGCAUUAGAUGGCUUAGUGGAUAUAAAGGUGGAUAAAUUCCCAAGGCCUGAUGAGAUGUAUCUUGGGCUGCUAUGAGAAGCAAGGGAGGAAGCUGCUGCAGCUGUGACAGAAAUCUCCAAACCUUCACUGGCCACAGGUGUGAAGGUGCCACAGGAUUGGAGAACAGCGAAUGUGGUAGGUAUAUUCAAGAAGGGGUUACUCAGGUCAGUGUGUAGGGAAGUUACUGGAAAACAAAAUCUGAGGGGCAGGAUUAAUCUACGCUUGGAAAGGCAAGGGCUUCAUCAGGUGGAGUCAGCAUGGCUUUGUUAGUAGGAGAUCCUGUCUGACUUUUUUUAAAGAAGAGUGAGGGCAAUGGGAUUGAUAUCUAUGUGAACUUCAGUAAGGCAUUUGACAAGGUCCCACAUGGAAAGUUGGGUCGAUCAGGUGGUGAAGAAGAUAUGCGGGAUACUGGCCUUCAUUUGCCAGGGCACAGAAUACAAGAGCAUGGAGCUGAUGGCACAACUUCAUAAAGCUUUGAGUAGUCCACAGGUGGAGUAUUGUGUGCAGUUCUGUUUGCCACACAAUAGGAAGGAUGUGAUUGCUUUGGAUACCAAGUAGAGGAGACUUACCAGGAUGUUGCCAGGGAUGGAACAUUUCAAAUUUCAAGUUUGUUGUUGUCAUAGGCAUAGAUACAUAGGGUAUAAAUGCCAUGAAAAUUAGCUCUUUGCAGCAGCAGCACAGUACAUUACAAACAGGACAAACAUGUUAACAUAAACUUUAAUUAACAUAAAUUAAACAAAAUUUAAACAUGCACAAAAAUAAAAAUAAACAACAACUCUAGUGCAAGAUUGAGAGAGGGAGAGAAAAAGUAUCGUACAAAGUAGUGUUAGGUUUUUCAGAUCAGUUCAAGAACCUGAGGUGUGGGUUUUCAGGCUCCUGUACCUCCUGCCUGAUGGCAGCAUCGAGAAGAGGGCAUGGCCCGGAUGGUGGGGGUCCCUGAUAAUGGAUGUCAACUUUUUAAGACAUUGUCUCUUGUAGAUGCCCUUAAUGGUGUGGAGAGCUGUGCUCAUGAUGGAGCUGGCUGAGUCCACCACUCUCUGCAGCCUUGUGUUCCUGUGCAUGGGAAUUUCCAUACCAGGCAACCAUUCACUGUACAAAUGUGGAAGUUUGUCAAAGUCUUCAAGGACAUGCUGAAUUUCCUUAAACUUCUAAGAAAGUAGAGAUGCACACUGGUUGUAUCUACGUGCUGGGCCCAGAUGUUGACACCCAGCUUGAAGCUACUCACCCUUUCCACUGCAGACCCUUCAACAAGGACUGGUGCAUGUUCGCCUGACUUCCCCUUGGUCUUGUUGACGUUGAGUGCAAGAUUGUUGUUACGACACCAUUCAACCAGCUGAUCUAUCUCACUCCUGUACACCGCCUUGUCACCAUCUGUGAUUCUGCCAACAACAGUGCUGUCAUCAGCGAAUUUGUAGAUGGCUUUGGAAUAUUUCAUUUCUGAGGAGAGACUGGAUAGGUUGGGUUUGUUUUCCCUUGGAGUAGAGGAGACUGAGGUGUAUGCCCGAUGUGGGUAUACAAAAUUAGGAGAGGCAUAGAUAGGCGAGAUGGUAAGGAGCUUUUCCCCAUAACAGAGAUGUCUAAAACCAGAGGGCACAGAUUUCAGCUAAGAGUGUUACAGAGGAUCUGAGGAAUUUUGUUUUUGACCAGAGGAUGGAUGCAGUUUGAAAUCCACUUCCUAAGUGGGUGGUGGAGGUCCAUUCACAAUAUUUGAAAAAUACCUGGACAAGCACUUGAAUUUCCACAGUGUAACGGGCUAUGGACCAAGUGCUGGGAAAAUGAUCUUCCUGGGACAUUGGCACAACAGUCAAUGUGAUUUCAGUGAUGGCAGAAAAUAGGAAUGGAUUUUCCAUGGUUGGUUUCUGUCUUCCCAACUCUGGUCUUGCAUUGUGUGCUUUCAAUGCACUGUUAAAGUUUGGGUAAUGACUCCAGGUAGAAGAUAAGAAUUGGAAGAAUGGGCCUUUUUGAGGCUGGAAGGAUGUAGCUAGCAGAGUGUCCCACAGAUCCGUUCUUUACUAUUGAUUAUUUUGUAUUUAUUAUAUUUUGUAUUUAUUAUUCACCAGAUGUUCUUGUGUGUGAAUCACAAAAUGUUAACAAGCAGAUGCAGCAAGUGGUUAGGAAGGCAAAUAGCAUUUUGUCCUUCAUUGCAAAAGGGUUGGGGUUUAGAAAUGGGGAAAUAUAAUUGUACAGGUUGUUAGUGAGCCCUCACCUGAAGUACUGUGCACAGCUUUAAUCCCCUUAUUUAAGAAAGGAUGUACAAUAAAACUCUGAUAAUACGGCAACCUUGAGACUUUGGUCAUACAGGGUCGGCAGAUUUUCUGGACUAUUGGAUAUUAUUAAUACACCAACACAUUUCAGUUCACUUUGGAAUGUUACAUAGUAUUAUAAUAAAUUUCCCAGUAAACCUGGUUAAGUUUGAAGGAAGCGAGGUAAUGGGACACCGGGAAGUUGAAUGGGAGUGUGAAAGGCAGUGGAUAGAAGGGAGCUAGGGAACCAGAGCCCAGAUGAGUGGGAAGGUAGUGCGGGAUCCAAGACCCGUCAGUUGGAAGAAAGUACAGGAAGGAGGGGGCCCCAGUGAGUUGGAACAGGAGUGUGGGAAAUAUUACUCCAGUGAGUUAAUACUGAACCAUGGGGAUUUAUAAAUGGUUGGAUACCAGAUUAUCAAUGUUUUACUGUAUAGAUGUUGGAGGCAGUCUUAAAGAGAUUCAUUCCUGUGAUGAAAGGGUUGUCCUAUCAGGAGCGGUUAAUGGUGGAUCUGUGCUCUUUGGAGUUUAGGUGAAUGAGGGGUGAUCUUAUUGAAACACAAGAUCCUGAGGGGGCUUGAUAGGGUAGAUGUCGAGAUGUUUCUAUUAAUGGGAGAGUUUCAAAUGAGGGGACACAGUUGCAAGAUAAGGGGCAGUCCCUUAAAACCAAGGUGCGCAGAAAUUCCUUCUGCCCAGAGGGUGGUGAAUCUCUGGAAUUCUCUUCCCCAGAGGGUUGUGGAGGCCGGAUCACUGGGGGUAUUUAAAAAGGAGGUGGAUAAGUAUUUGAAGGAAUGGGGAACUGAGGGCAAUAGGGAACUGGCCCAGAAAUAAUACAGCACAGAAACAGGCCCUUUGGCCCAACUCGUCCAUGGCAGCCAAGGUGCCCAGCUAAGCUACUCCCAUUUGCCUGUGUUUGGCCUGUAUCCUUCUAUACCUUUCCUGUCCAUGUACCUGUGAAAAUGUGUUUCAGAUGAGGCUCAGGGAAGAUCUACCCCGAUCUUGUUGAAUGGUGGGGCUGGCCUGAUGGGCAGACUGCUCCUGUUUUCUUGUCAUAGAGUCACAGAAACAUACAGCACACAAACAGGCCUUGACUCACCAGGUCCACUUGACCUUUGUUACGGACUCAGUGAAAGUCCCUUUAAGAUAGAGAGUGUGUGUGUAUGUGUGUGUGGGGCGUGCUUAUGUCAAUAGAAGAUAAAGGACGUAAUGACGUUAUUGAAGAAGUCAGAAGAAGAGAGAGAGAGGAGAGAGAGAGAAAGGAGAGAGACACCAGACUGCUAGUGUUCUCUAUCGAUGGAUGAGAAACAAUAACUGUGUCUGCCACAGAAAUCCAUGUAUGGAAAUUGGAAGUAAUCCGGUGGAGUUCACUUUGUUGCUGACCUGUAGAAGGAAACAGGUAUUUGUGUGUGGACGACCACGAUUCGGAUGCUUUUGGGGGUGAGGAAGUCACUACCGAGUAAACACUGAAGUGUCGCUGGGGUUCCAUCGUGGAACAUUUGGAUUUCGUAUGUACUCUCUCUAUGUUUCUCUACGUCUACGUCUUAUCUUCAGACAAUGGUGGUUGUUGAAGAAGCCCUUGCUCAUGUUUCACCUUAUGGCUUGCGGAACUGAACUUUAAGAACCAUUCAGGAACUGGGAGUUUUGGACUUUGUCACACACACACAAAGAGUUUAGUUUUGGGGUUAACAUUCAAAGUUUAACAUUUUUGAAUUCUAACAUACUAACGUUUUUACUUUUAUUUUACGUAUUAUCAUAAGUAGUGAUUAAUA